CAGUGGUGUAUUUUGGGAGGAAUAGUGCCCCAUCGUUGGUGUGAGUGGGGGGGGGAUAGUGCCCCAUCGUUGGUGUCAGUGGGGGGGAAUAGUGCCCCAUCGUUGGUGUCAGUGGGGGGGAAUAGUUCCCCAUCGUUGGUGUCAGUGGGGGGAGGAAUAGUGCCCCAUCGUUGGGGUCAGUGGGGGGAAUAGUGCCCCAUCGUUGAUGUCAGUGGGGGGAGGAAUAGUGCCCUAUCGUUGGUGCCAGUGGGGGAGGAAUAGUGCCCCAUCGUUGGUGUAAGUGGGGGGAGGAAUAGUGCCCCAUCAUUGGUGUCAAUGGGGGGAGGAAUAGUGCCCCAUCGUUGGUGUCAGUGGGGGGAGGAAUAGUGCCCCAUCAUUGGUGUCAGUGGGGGGA